AUGGAUUUUUCUAUUACUACUGCUACUACUACAACUACACAUUCUACCUCGCCCAUCGACAUCUCUUCUCUUCAUAUCACCGACUCUGUUGUUGAGCCACUGCUAUCACCAAAGUCGAUAAGCAACGGUGGUAGUAUUAAGAGCAGAUCUUCCCGACGCUACUCGGCUUCCGCUGCUGAUAACGAUCUCGCGCCUUUUUCUUCUGUUCCUCCCAUGUCUAUUCCAGCACCUCCUUGCGCUGCAGUGGAUAUGAGUUCGAUUGCACCCUUGACACCAGAGAACACCACCACCAACAACACUGCAUCACUCGAAGACUACUUUUAUCGUCCACGACGUGCCACCACUCCACAUUCUGUCAUUUCAAACGAUCUCGCUUCUUGUUGCACCCCCAUUGACUCCAUUGCACAAGCUGCCGAUGCUGCUGCUGAAGCAAUGGCUACCAUGAAGCACGUGGAAGGACAUCGGUCGUACAAGAUCAAAGCAGCAAAGUCAUCCAAAAAGCUCGAUCAUUUCUUUGGUGAACAGGCACCUUUGGACAUUUGUAUCAAGGAAAUCCAAAGAGAAGGGCUCAAAGCCAUAUUGCAAUCCAAGACGCCUCUUUGUUACUUUUUGUAUCAUUUGCUUCAAGAGUACAGCAGCGAGAACUUGUUCUUUUUCAUUGAAGUCGAGCAAUAUGAAUCUUUUCAUUAUACAACCUUUGUUCAGCAAUUGGCAACCGCACAACAUAUCCAUAGCACCUACUUGACACGCAACAGCCAUUUCGAAGUCAACUUUGACGACAAAGUAAGACGCACAGUGUCACGUGCCUUGGAGCAAAGACAAUUGGAUGGCUGCUUUGAUGCGGCCAAGCGUGCUGUUUAUGGCCUACUUGAAUCAAGCUACAUGAGAUUCCUUACCACUGAUACAUUUCAAUCCAUGGUGGAGAAUUGUGGUGAAUUGACGACGCAUUACAGCAAAGAUGCUCGCAAUAGUGCUAUUCAUCAACUCAUGUCAUACAUCGAACGCCAACAUAUCCUUAUUUACACCAACACCGAUCCAUCUGCAGCUACCACAGCAGCACGUCGACGUCACGAGCUUAUACGAUCCAUGGUACAUGAGUUUUGUCGCACAAUCCUAGGAGUCCACAUUGAGUAUCCAGCCAACAACAAGCCUAAAUCAAGUAUCAGCUCCAAGCCAUUUGACUUUUUGACGCGACUGAAACAAGGCAACAACUAA